AUGGCGUCCGCGUCAUUGGCGAGCAAGCAGUCCAUCCGACCGCACCGCAAAUCUCGGACUGGCUGCAGCACCUGCAAACGCCGUAAAGUCAAGUCCCUCGCCGUGGUCGGGGCCGGCCUCGGAAGGUCUGGGCAGGUGACCGCAGGCUCCCCAACAGGUACGGCAUCCCCGCUUUCCGGUACCACGCCUACCAUGCCUACACGCAAUCCCCAGACCGUAGAGGUCGACCCGGCGCCGCCCCUAGAUGUCAACAAUGUCGAGCUGCUUCUUCACUUUCUCACCACCACGGCUGAGACCUUGGCAGGCCCGGGCUCCCACAUGCUCGAGUUCUGGAAGCGCAACGCGCCACACAUCGGUCUGAGCCACAACUUUGUGCUGCACCUCAUCUUUGCCUUGGCCGCAUUCCACCUCGCCUAUCUGGCCAGGUACGUGAGCAGUCCGGGCGAAGGAUGCGCAUCCGCCCAACCGUGCCGCCGUAGAAGCCGCGGGGAGUACUUGUCCCUCGCGCAGCAGCAUCUCACGGUCGGGCUGUCCGGGUUCUCAGCACAGCUCACCCGGGCUAGUCCCGAAAACUGCGGGGCCCUGUACCUCGGUGCCGUGCUGACAAGCUACUGUACAUUCGCGGCCGGGCCGACGAGUUCCAAAGACCUACUGGUUGGUACAGCCAACGACGCUCGGGACCCGGUCGGUAGCGACAGUAAUAGCCCGUGGAUGCCAUUCGUCUACGGCGUGCGGCUCAUGCACGAAACUUUCAGCCCGGACGUGCUCUUCACCGGGUCUAUGGCGCCACUGAACGGGGGCUCACCGAGGAGACUGUUGGAAGAUCCUAUAUACGUGCGUGAUGGCUUCCCCCGGCUGGACUGGGAGGCGGCACUGGAUGGGUUGAGGGCGUAUAUUGCGAGGGUUGGCUGGCGCGGGGAAGACCAGCAAGUCGGGGCGCCGUCUGCCCUUCCGGAGCGACCGGAGGCAGAACCUACCAAGAAGUCCAUAUCUCUCCACGCGCUUGACGGCCUCAUUGGGAUCUAUGCGGCGACGUACGGACGUCAAGGCUCUGACGGCGAGAUAACUUAUGAUGGGCCGUCCGAGAAUCAGUUCAUUUUCGGGUGGCUCUACCGCAUGGACCGAGCGUUCGUGUCGAGCGUGAGGAGGCGGGAGCCGUGUGCUAUACUGGUGCUAGCACAUUAUGCUGUGCUGCUAAACGCAGAGACCAUUCCGGGGGCGUGGUACGUCGAGAGUUGGAGGCAGCAUAUCAUUGAGGCGGUCGAUGACUUUCUCAUCGAAGAUGAGCACAGGAACUGGAUGCGGUGGCCUAUGGAGCAGGUCGUUCCCGAAAAGAGUGCCGUGGUUGGGACUGCCGUUUUCUGA